UUCAUCAUAGACGUCGUCUUUGUCAAAAUCAGUUUUGGUUGGCUGCUACCCGCCGAAUUCGUACACAGAAAAAUAACAAUCGCAAGCAUGGACCCCAGCGCCACGUCGUUAAUAACCCGCGUACUUCUCACUGGUCCGCCCGGAAUAGGAAAGACCACGGUAUGUAUGAAUAUUGCUUCCAUAUUGGAAAAGCAAAAUCGUACAUUCAAUGGUUUUUAUACGGAAGAAGUACGAGGAGAAAAUGGUAGUAGAAUAGGUUUUGAUAUUGUUCUAAUAAAGGAUAAAGAGAAGAGGAUACCUUUGGCACGCACAGAAAAUAGAUUAAGUCAGCAGCAAUUUUCUAAAUAUCGAGUGGGAAACUAUCAUGUGUUUGUUAAUAAUUUCGAAAAUUCUGUUUUGCCGGUGAUAAAAACUGAUGUGGAUAUAUUACUGAUUGAUGAAAUUGGGAAAAUGGAACUAUAUAGUAAGAAGUUUUAUGAUGAAGUGUUCGAUAUAUUUUUUGGCUUGCAGAAUAAAAAAACUUAUAUUGUUGCAACCAUACCACAAAUGCAUAAGGUACCACAACGUUUUUUGACACUAUUUCAAAAGCUACAUGAAGAUAAUAGAUGUAAGGUUAUAAAUGUUAAUCGUCAAAAUCGAAAUAAUCUGCCCAAUGAAAUAGUUUCCAUCGUAUCAUAAAUAUCUGUUUAAAAAAAACACAUAUUUUAUGUACAUUAUAAACAUCAUUUAUUAUUAACAAAACAAAAUAUUAGUUAAAUAAAUUCUACCAAUCACAAUAAAUUUGUAAAAAAGUAGUCACAAAUAAUGUGACAAAAAGUGAUUGGCUGGAAUAUUGUACUACAUAGUCAUGCCAAAUCGCAUAUGUAUUAGAUUUUUUUUUUUUUUUCUGAUAAUAUUCACUGUUUCAUAAAAGAAACCACCAUUAUACAGUAAAGAAUAAAUUAAUGAACUAAUAAAUAACAAGAGUCCUGUCUUUAGAAUUUGGCUUUUUACAUAUAAA